GAGUUCAGGGUCCUUUCGAAUUCUUUUCAGACAGAUCAGUGUUUGCGAACAGUUGGUGACAAAGCUUCAUUUUACAUCGAACCAAGUACCAGGCUGACCAGUCCCCCCGAGUCCACUCAUCACCUAAAUCUUUUGUGCCUUGGUUCAUCUCUCCUGAUUUAACAGGCUAACCAGAAAAUGUGCACGGGGAAAUGCGCAAAGCUUAUUGGGAAACUCCUCUUCCCAUUGGGAAUCCUUGCUAUUACUGCUAACCUUGUCCUGUUCUUCCCAAAUGGAAAGAUCAUAGAGGCAGAGCAGAUAACAGACUUUGUAUGGUAUUUCCAUGGAAUCGUUGGAGCUGGAUUACUGGUCUUCCUACCUGCAUUUAUGAUGUUGGGUGCUGGAGGAGAAGGGUGUUGUGCCAACAGAUGUGGGAUGUUCCUGUCUGUCAUUCUGUCCGCACUGGGCACAGUGGGAUCAGUGUACUGCGUGAUAAUCUCAGUGAUGGGUUUGGUUAAUGGUCCUCUGUGUGACACAGGAGAUGGAGAUUACAUAUACCCAUUCAGGAAUGACACCAAUGAAGAGAAUUACCUGUUGGAUCAGGACAGGUGGAGCAUCUGCAAGGAACCAGAGAAUGUCGUGCUGUGGAAUGUUGUUUUGUUCUCCAUUACGCUGGGAAUCUCUGCCAUUGAGGCCGUCCUAUGUCUCAUACAAGUCAUCAACGGAGUCAUCGGGGUGAUCUGCGGCACCUGCUUGAGGAAAAGGAAGGUCAACACUACUGUUGCCUGAAACACUGGGAUAAGGAGUCUUCUGAAUACAUUCUUCUCUGGAUUUAAAGUUAACAAUAAUAUAUUUUGAAGGGGAUAUCCAUACCUCCCAACUUUUUGAGAUAGGAACACCUAUUAGCAAAAGUAUGUAGGCAUAGGACACACCCCCUGCCAC